UAACUAAUAUACAAUGUUCAGAAACACCCUUCGUCAGGUGGCUCGCCAAACUACUGGUGUUGCCAAGAGAGCCUACGCCUCCGAGGCUGCAUCUUCUGAUGCCUUGAAGUUGUCAUUGGCCUUGCCACAUGAAACUCUCUACUCUGAAUCUGAAGUCCAACAAGUUAACUUGCCAUCUGUUAACGGUGACUUGGGUAUCUUAGCCAACCACAUUCCUAUUGUCGAGCAAUUGAGACCUGGUUUAUUGGAAGUUAUUUCCAAGGGUGGUGAAACCGAACUGUACUUUGUUUCCGGUGGUAUUGCUACCGUGCAACCAGGUAACAAGUUGACCAUCUCUGCCAUUGAAGCCUUCAAGCCAGAGCAAUUCGAUGCUGCUGCCGUCAAGUCUUCUAUUGCUGAUGCCCAAAAGCGUGCUACCUCCUCCGACGAAUCCGUUGUCGCUGAAGCUAACAUUGAAUUGGAAGUUUUGGAAGCUCUUCAAGGUUUCACCAAAUAAGCAAGCAUGAGAGUCACUCGUACAUACAACCAGGAAAAAGAACAAAAAAAAUCAAAAUAAAGAGGUUGAAGGGGACUAGUUCUCUUCACUUUGGUCGCUAUAUCCAUAUAGACAGGAAUAGUACAUAUACAGAAG